AGUUUUCUGCAUCUGAUGGAGCAGCAGCUAGUGACUUCAUUCUUUUUGCAUCCUUUUGUCUUCUCUUUUUUCCCCAUAUCAUUCAUAGCAUUCCUCAUCAAGAAAUGGCUCCUCAAUACCUCUACUAUCAACAAACACCUACCACCUUCACCACCAAAGCUCCCAAUUAUAGGAAACCUCCACCAACUGGACUCGCUCCAUCACCGCCCACUCCGAUCUUUAGCUCAACGACAUGGGCCUCUCAUGCUGAUUCACCUUGGCAGCACGCCAACGCUCGUCGCCUCGUCCGCUGACGCUGCUCGAGAGAUCAUGAAAACACAUGAUGUUGUUUUUUCAAACAGGCCGAAAUCUGAGAUCGUUAAACGGCUUCUCUACGAUUACAAGGACGUGUCCAUGGCCCCUUAUGGUGAAUUCUGGAGGCAGAUGAAAAGCAUUUUUGUGCUCCAGCUUCUAAGUAAUCAAAGUGUCCAUGGCCCCUUAUGGUGAAUUCUGGAGGCAGAUGAAAAGCAUUUUUGUGCUCCAGCUUCUAAGUAAUCAAAGAGUCCAGUCAUUUCAUAUUGUCAGAGAAGAAGAAACAGCCCUCCAGAUGAAGAAGAUUGAAGAGUCAGCUUCUUCAUCCUCGGCAUUGAAUUUAAGCGAAAUAUUCACGUUGCUAACGAACGAUAUGGUGUGUAGGGCUGCUGUUUGGAGAAAGUACAGUGGAGAGGAAAGUGGGAAGAAGUUUAUGCUGCUAUUGAAGAAUUUCGUGGGGUUAUUGGGCAGCAUUGAUGUUGGGGACUUCAUUCCAUGGCUGACAUGGAUCAAUCAUGUCACUGGUUUUUAUGCUAAAUUGGACAGAGUUGCAAAUGAGAUUGAUGAAUUCCUGGAGCAAGUAGUUGAAGAGCGUACGAAUGCCCUGAAAAGGAAGAGUGAUGGCGAUGAAAGAGUUGAAGACGAAGGCAGGGAGGAUUUCCUUGAUAUUUUGCUUAGGAUCCAUACAGACAAUACUGCUGUUGAUAGAGAUUGCAUCAAAGCUCUCAUCUUGGACACCUUUUCUGCAGGAACUGAUAACACCGCCACAGUCCUAGAAUGGGCAAUGACAGAGCUAUUAAGACACCCCAUAGUCAUGAAUAAAGUGCAAUAUGAAGUGGGAGAGAUUCUUAAAGGCAAACCACAAAUAACAGCUGAUGAUCUGGAGGAAAUGAACUAUCUUAAAGCAGUGAUCAAAGAAACUGUUCGUUUGCAUCCUCCUAUCCCAUUAAUCGUACGUGAAGCAAGUGAAGAUGUAAGAGUAAUGGGCUAUGACAUUGAAGCCAGAACAAUGGUUAUGAUCAAUGCUUGGGCAAUCGGAAAAGACCCCGUGUCAUGGGUUGAACCUGAAGAGUUUCAGCCUGAGAGGUUCAUGAAUUCUUCUAUAGAUUUCAGAGGGCAUGACUUUGAAUUGACUCCAUUCGGAGCUGGUAGGAGGGGCUGCCCAGGGACCUCCUUCGCAAUGGUCACCAAUGAGUUUGUGCUAGCAAAUCUAAUGCACAAGUUCAAUUGGGCAUUGCCUGAUGGAGCCAAGAGAGAACAUCUGGACAUGACUGAAUGCCCUGGUGUUACAAUCCGCAGAAGAAUACCUCUCCUUGCUGUUGCAACACCAUGUCAUUGCUAGUGUAACAUUUUACAUGUCAUGUUUGUUGCAUGUUUCCUGUUUUCAAAAAUAAAACAUAUUUAGAAAGAGUGUGUAAAUAUAGACCAAGUAUUAUUAACUUAAAGCAUUAUUGG